UGAAUCUCUCCUGUAUCUUUGUUUCAUUUCCCGCCCUUUCUCGCCCUGCCGCCAACCGCCGCCUAUGGCCACAUUGUUUCGCCCCGUCCACCGCUCUUCACGACGGCCCAAUCAUGGCUCAGCCCUUGGGUUGCCGGGCUCACCAAUUCCUUACUGUGCAAUUAGCCACCUUUUGACUCACGCCGCGCGCGGAAUAGCCAAGGCCACUCAAAGUCCCCAAAACCCAACGCUUGGGGCUUAGCCAGCUGACUCACCGUAGGCAGCUGGGCUCUUCUGCCUACGAGCUUUCGCCACUGCGCGCCCCCCUGGCCCCCGCCUAGACGUCAUGCCACGAGGUCUGGUCACGCGUUUGCCUCGUCAAGUCUUUGCCAGCCAGCCACGUUGCCGGGAGAUUGAUCAACGACAACCCCACACAACGACAAUGUCGUCGAGACUCGCCUGUGCGGGCAAGGGCGUGCGCCUGGCCGACUGUAUCCCCCGCGGCGCUUGGGAUUCCCAUAUGCACGUCGUGGACGCCAGGUACAAGCUUUCCUCCACUGCCCUCUACACCCCCACCCCCCACACCCUGGACCAGGCCUUGCAAUUCGAGUCCCUCUUCGGCAUCAAGAACAUUGUCCUCGUUCAACCAUCCAUCUAUGGCAACGACAACUCGUGCACCUUGGACGCCCUCGCCGCUGUCGGCCCUCGCCACGGCCGAGCUGUCGUCGCCAUAGACCCCAACGCUACUCGCCCAGAAACACUAAAACAAUGGCACGACAUGGGAGUCCGAGGAGUAAGACUCAAUUUGAAAUCCGUCGGCAGAACUCCCUCGCGCACCGAACUCUUUGCAGAGCUCAUGGCUCAUGCCGACAUGAUCCGGCCGCUUGGUUGGGUCUUACAGGUGUAUCUGUCCUUGGAUGCCGUUCAAGACAUCGAGCAUCUGAUGCCAAAAUUGGAUGUCAAGCUCUGUAUCGACCAUUUCGGCCAUCCUAGCUUACCACAAAACAUCGCAACUCGCCGGUCUCUAGAUCCUUAUACGUUACCUGGGUUUGAAUCAUUAAUCAGGCUCCUCAAAGGGGGCCGUACGUGGGUCAAAUGCUCUGCCGCGUAUCGUAUCGAAAAGGAGCCUGAAAUGCCUUCUGUUGAGAUCAUCGCUCGAGAACUGUUGCGUGUAGCCAGUAAACGGGUCGUCUUUGCAACGGACUGGCCCCACACCAGGUUUGAACAUACAGACGUAAGGUCAUUUGUAGAGGCCUGUUUGAGGUGGUGUGAGAACAAUCCAGACAUGCGGGAGCGCCUUUUUAGGAGAAAUGCCGAGGAGUUGUGGGACACUGUACAAAGUUGAUCUACGCCUGAUGAGCUAGUUUAACGUCCGUCACCAUGAAGCGAGAUUCACCGUGAAGGAAGAUGGUGAUUCUUGUACAGAGUAGAAGAGACCCAGCUAAGAUGUGUAAAGUCUGUGUGCUCUAAGAUCUAUGCACCCAUACUCAGGACUCGGGUUGGGAGCUAGGCAAGGAGUACUCUGUAGGGACUGCUUGUAUCGUCUCCUGUCUCGCUAGACGGUGGAUCACAGUUCGCGAUGACGGACGUUACUACAGCCAUUGCUAUAGCCCGAGACACUGUGGCACCAUCUUGCGUAGUAAGGCU